AUGAAACAGAUUCAGUGUUUUGAAACCAAUGAACAUUUGAUAUCCGAUUUGAAACAAAUUCCAAAUAGUGUAAAAUUACCCAAUGGCUGGUACUUUCAUUGUGAUGAGGUUGCUCUGAGUUAUUUCUGUAUAAAAAAUGUAAAAACAGAUAUAAUUAAAGCAACAGUAGAAAAGCAAGUAAUUAUAAAUUUUGAAGAGAGUCAAAUAACAUCUUAUAUAAAGGAUAAGUUGAUUACGGAGGAUGUUUUGGGGAUUGCUAAAAUAGCAUUUUCACAGAAUAUAUCACACAUACAACAUUUGGUGGAUGUUAUUAACUCUACAUAUGUUUGUACAGGUGGCCCAAGUGUAAUUAACUACCCAGGUUUGUACUAA